AUGGCGUGGCCGCCCGCCCACGCAUUGCUGUCUUUCCUGCUGAUCAUCUCAGGUCUGGGCUGGCUGGUCGAUGCAAAUCACAAUUUUGAAACAUCACUUCUAGAAAUUACAAUACCGCGGAAGAUUCAGUCAAACAGGAUUGAUGAAUCAGAAAUGCAUGUAACUUAUGCCAUCAAAAUUGGCAGGAAAAUAUAUACUUUCCAUCUUGAAAAACAGUCAUUUAUAGAUCCUCAUUUCCUCAUUUAUUUAUACAACAAAUCAGGAACACAUAAUCAGGAUUCGUCAUUUCUAAAGGAUGAUUGCUUUUAUCAAGGAUAUGCUGCAGAGAUUCCAAAGUCAGUUGUGACGAUUAGCAUCUGUUCAGGACUUAGGGGAUUAUUGCAGUUUGAGGAUGUCAGUUAUGGUAUUGAACCAUUGGAAUCUGCAGCUACAUAUGAACAUAUGUUAUAUCCAAUAAAUAACAAUAAAGUUGAUUUUCCCCCCUUAAGAGGAAAUUAUCUAAGAGCCCAAUUCGUUGAUCAGUCCCAGAGGAUUCUUGUGAAAUCAGAAAAACAAUCAGAUGUUGCACUAUUGAACAGACGUCUGAAAAUACAAAUCAUUAUGGAUAAAGCUUUGUAUGAUUACAUGGGCUCUGAAGUGGCAGUUGCAACUGAGAAAGUCGUUUAUAUCUUUGGUCUUAUCAAUACUAUGUUUUCUCAGCUUAAAGUGACUGUUAUGCUAUCUUCCUUGGAGAUCUGGUCUAGUCAAAAUAAGAUUUCAUCUGAUGGGCCUGCUGAUGAAGUACUGCAGAGAUUUGUGUUAUGGAAGGAAAAAUUUUUGUUUCAAAGGUCCAGUGAUAUGGCAUACUUACUAAUUUAUAGGGACCAUCCUAAUUAUGUGGGAGCAACCUAUCAUGGGAAAGCAUGUGAUCCAAAGUUUGCAGCAGGAAUUGCUCUGUACCCAAAGAUGAUAUCUUCAGAGGCAUUUUCAGUUAUCAUGGCACAGUUGCUUGGAAUCAAUAUGGGUUUAACCUACUAUGACGUCUAUAAUUGUGAAUGUCCAGCGACUAUCUGCAUAAUGAAUCCCGAGGCAAUACGUUCCCGUGGUGUAAAGUUUUUUAGCAGUUGCAACAUGGAUGAAUUUAAACAUAUAGUUUCACAGCCUAAACUUGAAUGUCUUCAGAAGCAGACCGAUUUGGCAAGGGUUGUUCAAGGAAGAAACUCAAGUUGCGGAAAUGGAAUUUUGGAAGCACCAGAGCAAUGUGAUUGUGGCUCAGUAAAGGAUUGCACUCAUCAAAAAUGCUGUCGAGCUGCAGAAUGUCGUCUAAUUGGAAGUGCAAAGUGUGGUAGUGGGCCAUGCUGUAAUACAAAUACUUGUACGAUACUCAAAAGAGGACAUGUAUGUAGGAAAAGCACAGAUCCCUGUGACUUUCCGGAAUACUGUGAUGGACUGUCUGAGCUUUGUGUACCUGAUAUGAAAUCUCUCAAUUUAGAGCCAUGCAAUAAUGGCACUGCCUAUUGCUAUAAUGGAAUAUGUCGAGAUCCAGAUAGACAGUGUAUAGAGAUAUUUGGAAAAUUUGCUAAGGUUUCUUCUCAUCUAUGUUCACAAGAGGUGAAUAUUCAAAAUGACAUAUUUGGAACAUGCGGCAGAGUGUGUAAUUUUGCGAAUGUGUUUUGUGGAAAGAUUGUUUGUCACUGGACAUACACACACUUAGUAAAAUCAACAAUGUUUGAUAUUCAGUAUACUUACCUUGGGGGUCAUAUAUGUAUGUCGGCAAGUAUAAGAAAUAAUUCUUUCGGAACCAUAGAUGUCACUUUUGUAGAAAAUGGUACUAUCUGUGGUGAAGGAAAGUAUUGUCAAGAUGGAAUUUGCUUAUCUGUCCAAGAAGCCAAAAAGAAUGCUAACUGUGACUCAAAAGAAAAAUGCCAAGGACAUGGGGUAUCUAAAAAUACAGAGUUGAUUAUAAAACGUGCUGCUCCUCAAAAAAAUGGACUUUUAAUCAGUUUCUACAUUUUUCUACCUAUCCUCAUUUUAAUUGCCACUGUGGCUCUUAAAUUGUAUAAAGUGAAGAGAUUUCAGAACAGAGAGGGGACAGUAAGUGAAGGGCCUUCCAAGGAGGACCUGGAAGCACGAGCUGUAGCGGCCGUUCACCAGUUAACCGAAACCAACAAGCCAUUGCUGAAACCACCAAGCCACGGACACAAUGCUCUUUCUCUUGCUGAUCCUCUCACUUCUGGGCCGGCUAACUUCUGCAAACUACAGUGA